GUUUUGUACUGCAAUGUGCUGUUUACAUCUAAAGUUGAAAGAUUGUACGUGUUCAUUCACUUUUGAAGAUGAACAUACAUUUAGCGAAAGAUAAUUUUUACAAUCAGUAAAAUUAAUUUACGCUUCUGCUUAAUAAAAGAGUGUAAGACCAUACAUGAACAAAAACAAUGAUUUAAUCGUUCUAACCUGAAAUACGAUUAAGCGACAGUGUUUAUCUCAUUCAUUAAUAUCGUCUGUGGAUAGUUUCUAGAUGAAGUUUUAAAAAGAGACAUUAAAACUAUAAAAAUAGAAGUAUUUGAACUGCACGAGUGUUAGAAAUAUCGUCUACACACCAUGAAUACAAAAAGAAUUAUAACGUUCGGAAAAAUUAGUAAGGACUUGAAACGAGAAACGCCUGGAAGUACAGAAUCUGUGAGUUCUGGAUUUGGUACGUUCGGCAAGAAGUCAGUGGAGACUAAUGUGACUAAAAUGAAUGAGAUUAGACCAGAGGAUGAGGAGGAGACACAAAAUUUAAAACAAGUCAUGGGUAUCAGUGGUUUUGGUAAGAAGGCUAAAUCUUUCGAUGUGCAAGAAAUGUUAGAGAAUAUUACCAAAACCAUAAAAAGUAACAAAUCAAGUGCUGAACAAGCAAGAACUAAUGAGAAAGAAACUAAAAGUAAUGAACAGUCUGAAAAAGAAAAGGAUAAUGAUGCAGAUGAUAACGAUGAAGAUGAUGAUCUUAUUGGACCUCCUAUACCUCUUGAACUUCAGAAUUCAACAAAUACAGAAUCAACUACGAAAGUGAAGAACAGAGAUAAUGAUGACAAUGAUGACAGUGACGAAGAUGAUAAGGAAUCUGAUACAGAAGAAGAAUCCCUGGAUGGAUUGAAGGACAAGAUUCCAUGCACUCAUGAAGUUACAAUGACACAUGGAACGAAGGCAGUAACUGCCAUUGCAGCAGAUCCCUCUGGAGCCAGACUGGCUUCAGGUUCUAUCGACUAUGACGUAUGCUUUUGGGAUUUUGCUGGUAUGGAUUCGUCAAUGCGAAGUUUUAGAACGUUGCAACCGUGUGAGAACCAUCCAAUCAAAUGCUUACAGUAUUCGAUGACUGGCGAUGUUAUAUUAGUCAUAUCUGGUUCUGCUCAAGCGAAAGUCUUGGAUAGAGACGGUUUUGAAAAAUGUGAAACAGUAAAGGGCGAUCAGUACAUAACAGAUAUGGCAUGUACUAAAGGUCACACGGCAGGAUUAAACAGUGGUUGUUGGCAUCCUUUCACGAAGGAGGAGUAUCUCACUUGUUCACAAGAUAGUACGUGUAGGAUAUGGAUCUUGUAUAGACCACGUUCGCACAAGUAUCUAAUAAAAUGUAGAGCGCAAAAUGGAGUUAAGACUAUACCAACCACGUGCGGUUACAGUAGAGAAGGUAACGUGGUGGCUUGUGGAUGCGUGGAUGGUUCGAUACAAAUGUGGGAUCACAGAAAGAAUUUCGUCAAUCCGUCACUAGUUCAAAGACACGCACAUACACAGGGAUCCGAGAUAUCGAGCUUAAACUUCUCGUAUCUGGGACACAUGCUCGCCACUAGAAGUUGCGACGACACCAUGAAGCUCUGGGAUUUAAGAGCAUUUAAGGCCCCCGUCUUUGAAGCCAAAAAUUUGUACUCCAGAUACGAUACGACCGAUUGCAUGUUCAAUCCGGAUGAUUCGAUCCUGAUUACAGGAGAAUCUCUCAAUAGAGGUCAAACCACCGGUAGGAUCUUGUUCUAUGACACGAAGACAUUUGAUUUGGUCAACGAAAUAAAUGUAACGAAUUCGCAUGUGAUUAAAACUCUGUGGCACCCGAAGUUGAAUCAAAUAUUCAUCGGCUGCGGGAACGGAAUUGUUAAAGUAUAUUACGACACGAAGAAGAGUUUGAGGGGAGCUAAAUUGUGUGUUGUGAAAACGCAUCUCAAGCAGAAGCACAUCGAGGUGAUGUCCACGCAACAAAUUAUCACCCCGCACGCGUUACCGUUGUUCAGACAAGACAGGCCUAAGUCGGUCCGCAAACAAAUGGAGAAGGAUCGCUUAGAUCCAGUGAAAUCCAGACGACCGGAUUUGCCGAUCACUUCCGGACAAGGUGGAAGAGUCGCAUCUUCUGGAGGAACGCUUAGCUCAUACGUGAUCAGGAAUUUGGGACUGAGCAAAAGAAUAGAGGACGAUCAAGACCCGAGAGAAGCUAUCUUGAAAUAUGCUAAAGAGGCUGAGGAAAAUCCGUACUGGAUCGCUCCAGCGUAUAAGAAGACGCAGCCGAAGACGAUAUUUCAAACGGAUGAACAGGACGGGGCGUCAAGCGCAAAGAAACCAAAAACUUAGGCUCUGAAUGUAUAGAUUUUUGUAUUAUUAUUAUUACCGUUCAUUCGACGCACUUGUUCUUGAUGUAUUAAGAAAUGUAAUUAAUAAGCAGAAUA